AUCAGCUGUGUCCAAUCACAGCUGAUCGCAUAGGGGACAUGUACACUGAUCAUCAGGGCACUGAUGAUCAGUGUAUCCCCAGCAGUGCCCAUCAAUGCCACCUGCCAGUGCCCAUCAGUGCCUGAUCAAUGCCACAUAUUAGUGCCUACCAAUGCAUAUCAAUGCCACAUAUCAGUGCCCAUAUGAGCUGCCUUUCAGUGUCGACUAUCAGUGCCAGUCAGUGCCACCUAUCAAUGCCAGUCAGGGCCACCUAGCAGUGCCCGUCAGUGCUGCCUAUCAG